CGCCGGUUAACAUGAGAGAUCAUGGCCGCCUUCGGGCUUCUCAGCUAUGAGCAGAGACCGCUGAAACGCCCCCGGCUCGGGCCGCCGGACGUCUACCCGCAGGACCCCAAGCAGAAGGAGGAUGAACUUACCGCUGUGAAUGUAAAGCAAGGCUUCAACAAUCAGCCCGCCUUUACUGGAGAUGAGCAUGGCUCGGCUAGAAAUAUUGUAAUUAACCCGUCAAAGAUUGGAGCUUAUUUUAGCAGCAUAUUAGCUGAGAAACUAAAGCUUAACACUUUCCAGGACACCGGAAAGAAGAAACCACAAGUUAAUGCUAAAGAUAAUUAUUGGCUGGUUACUGCUCGAUCCCAGAGUGCGAUUCAUAGUUGGUUCUCUGACUUAGCAGGAAAUAAACCACUUGCUAUUUUGGCAAAAAAGGUUCCCAUCCUUAGUAAAAAAGAAGAUGUUUUCGCAUAUUUAGCUAAGUAUUCAGUGCCAAUGGUUCGAGCAACGUGGCUGAUCAAGAUGACUUGUGCCUAUUAUUCUGCUAUUUCUGAAGCGAAAAUUAAGAAACGUCAGGCUACUGAUCCCAAUUUGGAGUGGACACAAAUAUCUACCAGGUAUCUUCGAGAGCAGUUGGCCAAGAUUUCCGACUUUUACCACCUGGCUUCCAGCGCGGGCGAUGGCCCUGUCCCCGUGCCGCCCGACGUGGAGCAGGCAAUGAGGCAGUGGGAGUACAACGAAAAGCUGGCAUUCCACAUGUUCCAGGAAGGAAUGCUAGAAAAACACGAAUAUUUGACGUGGAUCUUGGAUGUGUUAGAAAAGAUCAGACCAAUGGAUGAUGAUCUUCUUAAACUCUUAUUACCACUAAUGCUGCAGUAUUCAGAUGAGUUUGUCCAGUCGGCCUACCUUUCCCGCCGCCUUGCCUACUUCUGUGCCCGGCGUCUUGCGUUGCUGCUUAGCGAUGGCCCCAACCUCCUCGCCGCCCACUCGCCCCACAUGAUGAUAGGACCAAACAGCUCGGGCAUCGGGGCCCCCAGUCCCGGCCCCCCCGGCCCCGGCAUGAGCCCCGUGCAGCUGGCCUUCUCCGACUUUCUCUCCUGUGCACAGCACGGCCCCCUGGUUUAUGGACUUAGUUGUAUGUUGCAGACUGUUACUCUCUGUUGCCCAAGUGCCUUGGUGUGGAACUACUCCACAAAUGACAAUAAGAGCGCGAACCCGGGCUCGCCCCUGGAUCUGCUGCAGGUGGCCCCCUCCAGCCUCCCCAUGCCGGGCGGGAACACGGCUUUCAACCAGCAGGUUCGGGCAAGGAUUUAUGAGGUAGAACAGCAGAUAAAACAAAGAGGCCGUGCAGUGGAAGUUCGGUGGUCUUUUGACAAGUGCCAAGAGUCAACAGCAGGGGUGACCAUUAGUCGGGUUUUGCACACGUUGGAGGUGUUGGAUCGACACUGUUUUGACCGAACUGAUUCCAGCAAUUCAAUGGAGACACUUUAUCAUAAGAUUUUCUGGGCAAACCAAAACAAAGAUAACCAAGAGGCUGCCCCCAGUGAUGAAGCCGUGGUGACACUGCUGUGCGAAUGGGCCGUGAGCUGUAAGCGAUCAGGCAAGCACAGGGCCAUGGCUGUGGCAAAGCUCUUGGAGAAGAGGCAAGCGGAAAUCGAGGCAGAGAGAUGUGGUGAAUCAGAGGUCUUAGAUGAGAAGGAGUCCAUUUCUUCAGCCUCUCUUGCUGGAUCUAGUUUGCCUGUUUUCCAGAAUGUUCUGCUAAGGUUUUUAGAUACACAGGCCCCCUCGUUGUCGGAUCCAAACAGUGAAUGUGAGAAGGUGGAAUUUGUGAACCUGGUGCUGCUCUUCUGUGAGUUCAUCCGGCACGACGUCUUCUCCCAUGACGCCUACAUGUGCACCCUCAUCUCUCGAGGAGACCUGUCCAUCACCGCCUCCACUCGGCCCCGGUCACCAGCAGGAGAAAAUGCAGACGAGAACUAUCCAAAGGACCAUGACGCGAAAAUGGAGGAACAGACUAUUAUGGCGCAUAUGGGGAUUGACUCAGGAACUACUAAUAUUUUUGAUGAAGUAGACAAGAGUGACUUUAAAACUGACUUUGGUUCGGAAUUUCCAAUUUUUUCUCCCAUGCCUGGAGAGUCCUGUGAGAAUGCUAACCCUUCCCUGGGCAGAAGAAUGUCAGUUAACGGUGAGAAGCUGUUGAAGAGAGAAAAACCAAGGGAGUUAAUUUUUCCAUCUAAUUAUGACCUCCUACGACAUCUGCAGUAUGCAACCCAUUUUCCCAUACCUCUGGAUGAAUCUUCAAGUCAUGAGUAUAACCAGCGCACAAUCCUUCUUUACGGAGUGGGCAAAGAGCGUGAAGAAGCCAGGCAUCAGUUGAAGAAAAUUACCAAAGAUAUUUUGAAAAUCCUAAAUAAGAAGAGCACCACAGAGAGCGGGGGUGGAGAUGAAGGACAGAAAGCCAGGAAGAGCAAACAGGAGGCAUUUCCAACACUGGAGACUGUGUUCACAAAACUUCAACUCCUUUCAUAUUUUGAUCAACAUCAAGUGACAUCUCAGAUCUCUAACAAUGUGCUGGAACAAAUCACAAGCUUUGCAUCAGGAACAUCGUACCAUCUCCCAUUGGCUCACCAUAUUCAGCUCAUCUUUGAUCUCAUGGAGCCAGCACUGAAUAUCAAUGGCCUCAUUGACUUUGCAAUACAGCUCCUGAAUGAACUGAGUGUUGUGGAAGCCGAACUGCUCCUGAAAUCCUCCAGCCUGGCAGGAAGUUACACGACGGGACUGUGUGUCUGCAUUGUGGCUGUUCUCAGGCGAUACCACAGUUGUCUGAUCCUGAAUCCCGAUCAGACGGCCCAGGUGUUUGAAGGAUUGUGUGGUGUGGUAAAGCAUGUGGUGAACCCCUCAGAAUGUUCUUCCCCAGAAAGAUGCAUCUUAGCCUACCUCUACGAUCUCUAUGUCUCAUGCAGCCACCUCAGAAGUAAAUUUGGAGACCUCUUCAGUAGUGCCUGUUCAAAAGUAAAGCAAACCAUAUAUAAUAAUGUGAUUCCUGCAAAUUCUAACUUGCGAUGGGAUCCAGACUUCAUGAUGGAUUUUAUUGAGAAUCCCUCAACCCGUAGCAUCAACUACUCAAUGCUGGGCAAGAUCCUUAGUGACAAUGCGGCCAAUCGCUACAGCUUCGUCUGCAACACACUCAUGAAUGUAUGCAUGGGCCAUCAGGAUGCUGGAAGGAUUAAUGACAUAGCCAAUUUCUCCUCCGAGCUGACGGCCUGCUGCACUGUUCUCAGUUCAGAAUGGCUGGGAGUCCUGAAGGCUCUUUGUUGUUCUUCAAACCACGUCUGGGGGUUUAAUGAUGUACUUUGCACUGUAGAUGUGAGUGACCUUUCAUUCCAUGAUUCAUUAGCUACUUUCAUUGCUAUUCUGAUAGCACGACAGUGUUUCUCCCUGGAGGACGUCGUGCAACACGUCGCUCUUCCCUCUCUCCUAGCCGCAGCUUGUGGGGAUGCAGACGCGGAGCCUGGGGCGAGAAUGACAUGCCGACUCCUACUUCAUCUCUUCCGAGCUCCCCAGGCCUGCCUAUUACCUCAAGCAACCGGCAAACCUUUUCCCGGAAUAAGAUCGUCCUGUGAUAGACACCUCUUAGCCGCUGCUCACAACAGCAUUGAAGUGGGAGCGGUGUUUGCUGUCUUAAAAGCAAUUAUGAUGCUUGGAGAUGCCAAAAUUGGCAGUAACAAUGUCAGCUCUUUAAAGAAUGACGACUUCACCAUGAGGGGUUUACGACGUGAUGGGAAUGCUGAUGAUAUCUGGACUGCCUCACAAAAUUCAAAAUCCUGUGGGAAAAGCAUUUCCAUAGAAACUGCCAAUUUAAGAGAAUAUGCGAGAUAUGUACUGAGGACUAUCUGUCAACAGGAAUGGGUAGGAGAACAUUGCUUAAAAGAACCUGAAAGAUUAUGCACAGACAAAGAACUUAUUUUGGACCCUGUGCUCUCAAAUAUGCAAGCACAGAAAUUAUUGCAGCUGAUCUGUUAUCCUCAUGGCAUUAAAGAAUGUACAGAGGGGGACAACCUACAAAGACAGCACAUUAAACGCAUUCUUCAGAAUCUUGAGCAGUGGACACUGAGGCAGUCCUGGCUGGAACUUCAGUUAAUGAUCAAACAGUGCUUGAAGGACCCUGGCUCUGGUUCGGUGGCUGAAAUGAACAACCUACUGGACAAUAUUGCCAAGGCAACAAUAGAGGUAUUCCAGCAGUCGGCUGACCUUAACAAUAACUCUUCUAAUUCGGGUAUGGGCCUCUUCAACCCAAACGGGAUUGGAAGUACCGAUACGAGUAGCACAAGACAGAAUGGAAUAAAGACAUUUCUCAGUUCCUCUGAACGCAGGGGCGUGUGGCUGGUAGCCCCCCUAAUUGCUAGGCUGCCGACUUCUGUGCAGGGAAGAGUGUUGAAAGCUGCUGGGGAGGAGCUGGAGAAGGGACAGCACUUGGGUUCUUCUUCAAAAAAGGAAAGAGACAGACAAAAACAGAAAAGUAUGUCUCUUUUGAGUCAACAACCAUUCCUCUCACUGGUCCUUACCUGCCUUAAGGGACAAGAUGAACAACGAGAAGGGCUCCUAACGUCUCUGCAGAAUCAAGUUAACCAGAUUUUAAGUAAUUGGAGAGAAGAACGGUACCAAGAUGACAUAAAAGCAAGACAGAUGAUGCACGAGGCAUUGCAGCUCCGCCUAAAUUUGGUGGGAGGAAUGUUUGACACAGUGCAGAGAAGCACCCAGUGGACGACAGAUUGGGCCCUUCUUCUCCUUCAGAUCAUUACUUCUGGAACCGUCGACAUGCACACUAACAAUGAAUUAUUCACAACAGUUCUUGACAUGCUGGGCGUUUUAAUCAAUGGAACAUUGGCCUCUGACCUAUCAAACGCAUCCCCAGGGGGAUCUGAAGAGAACAAACGCGCAUACAUGAACUUAGUAAAGAAACUGAAAAAGGAGCUGGGAGACAAGCGGUCAGAAAGUAUUGACAAAGUUCGACAGUUGCUACCUUUGCCAAAACAGACAUGUGAUGUCAUCACUUGUGAACCUAUGGGCUCCUUGAUUGACACAAAAGGAAACAAAAUUGCUGGAUUCGACUCUAUAGACAAAAAACAGGGUCUCCAGGUGUCCACGAAGCAAAAGGUGUCCCCAUGGGAUUUGUUUGAGGGUCAGAAGAACCCAGCUCCUCUGUCCUGGGCCUGGUUCGGGACUGUCCGAGUAGACCGGAAGGUGAUCAAGUACGAGGAACAACAUCACCUCCUGCUGUAUCACACACACCCCAUGCCCAAGCCCCGAAGUUACUACCUCGAGCCGCUGCCCCUGCCCCCUGAGGAGGAAGAGGAAGAGCCUACAUCUCCCAUCUCUCAGGAACCGGAGAGGAAAUCAGCUGAGCUGUCAGAUCAAGGAAAAACCACAACAGAUGAAGAGAAGAAGACAAAGGGAAGGAAGCGCAAGACGAAAUCCAGCUCGAGAGUUGAUGAGUAUGCACAGAGCAACAUGUACCGAGUGCCUCCCAACUACUCACCCGUCUCCUCCCAGAUGAUGCAUCACCCGCAGUCCACCUUGUGGGGCUACAACCUCUUGGGUCAGCCCCAGCAGCCCAGCCUUUUCCUUCAGAGCCAAGCUCUCACUCCAGGUGGUUCCAGGUUGGAGCCCGCGGGCUCCUUUGUCCCCACCAACACCAAGCAAGCUCUGUCCAACAUGCUGCAGCGGCGCUCGGGGGCCGGGAUGCAGCCGCCCUCCCUUCACGCCAUCACGUCGCAGCAGCAGUUGAUACAGAUGAAGCUUCUGCAGCAGCAGCAGCAACAGCGGCUUCUCAGGCAAGCCCAGACGCGGCCUUUCCAACAGGGCCAGCCGGGGGACCAGGCUGCUCUCUUUGCUGCUCAAGCACGGCCCUCCCCUCAGCUCUCCCAGUAUCCAGGUCUGCAGCAAGCACAGACCAUGCCCCAGGGCUAUACGAUGUACGGAACGCAGAUGCCUUUGCAGCAGACCCCUCAGCAGCAGCCUGGCAGCGUGGUCCUGUCUCCUACCUAUAAUUCCAGAACCUAUCCGGCUGCGCAUUCCAACCCGGCGCUAAUGGAAAGACUCAGACAGAUGCAGCAGCCGCCACCGAGUGGCUAUGUUCAGCAGCAGGCGUCGCCGUACCUGCAGCCCCUGAGUGGCUCUCAGAGACUGAACCAUCAGUCGCUUCAGCAGAGCCCUCUGGUGGGUGGAGGACUCGAUGCGGUGCUGACUUCCGUGCAUCCAAACCUUCCCGCGGUGUCCCUGUCUCAGGACCCAGUGAGGCCCAGACAGCCACAGGUGCGACAGCAGCAGAGGCUUCUCCAGAUGCAGCAACCUCGGCAGCCCUCGCAGCCCCAGGGUCAGACCCUCGGUCUCCAAACCGUGCAGCCCCAGCAGCCUCUGUUUCCCAGGCAAGGCUUGCAGCAGACGCAGCAACAGCAGCAGACGGCCGCUCUGGUGCGGCAGCUCCAGAAGCAGCUUUCCAGUAACCAGCCACAGCAAGGAGUGACUCCCUACGGGCAUCCUUCACACUUCUGAGUCUGGAAGAGAACAAAGACAUGAAGUUUUUCGUUUGCGCUGAAAAAUAGAAAAUCACAUUUAAUGCAUUAGUCAUCUUUAGAAAUGUCCCUUUGUUCUUUCAUUUCUUUGGCGUUUUCCUAUGUUUUACGCUAUAUUUCAUACAAAGGUGUUUAAACAAAAAGUAAAGGAAAAGGUGUGGUUUGGUUUUGUUUCAUUCAAUUUGAAAGUAGGUUUAAAAACGUGGAUCAUGUGGGCCUAACUCCAGGAAGAGUUUGGUAGCAGACCUUUUGAAAUUGGUGCUUUUAUUGAAUCUCGUAGUUAUAGAAAGAAUGGAUUAUGGUGGAUUUAAAAUAUUUAUGUAUUCAUUAAUGAUGAAGUUUGGUUUUUUUGUUUUUUGGGGUUUUUUUUGUUUGUUUUAUGGGUUUUUUUUGCAAACUGUGCCGGACCAAACUACUGAUUUGAAAGGCAUGUCAGAUCUUGACAGGAGAGCAACCCAUUUAUUCUGCAUUCACCUUUGGUGGCGAGAUGGACAUUUAUUUGCAUCGCUCUAAUUUGAAAUGUUUGUAAUUUCUUAAGCACUUUAUGAACUUUGUUCUUAUUUAUGUAGGAUUUUUCUUUGCUUCUGUUGUGGUCAAAAGGUGCUGAAACAGAUUGUCGCUUAGUACUUAAACUUCUUAGACCAAGAACUUAAACCAAGGCUUCUGUGAGAACCACCCUAAGGUACGUGGAAGCCUGUUAGAAGUAGCUGUACUACUAAAUUUGUUUUCAGUGGCGAGAUCAUUGACCAGAGUCUUUGUGAAGGUACAACAUGUAAAUUCUAAAGGCCGGAAUGAACCACAGUGGAAUUGUUCCAAUUAUUUGCCAGAUUUGGCAAAAAUGACUCUGUCCAGUUUUGGUUCUCCUGAACCUUACGCCAACUUGAGAAAAAAAUCUCGCAGCUGGCCUGAGAUUCCACAGUGCUCAAACUUGACAUGGUUUCCAGAGAAUCUGGCCCCCAAGUCCAGGGGGGCUCUGGUUUUCAUAAGAGAUGUAUUUGCUGUUUAUUUUGUAUGGUAAGUAUUUGCUAUUUUGAAUUUAACUAUUAAUGUUGGUGUCUGUCUUGGUUGUGUAUUGCAUAUACUGUAUUUAUAAAUUGGUGCAAAAAGCACAAGUAAAGUAAAUUAUACAUCAAAUUUAUUAUAAAGAAAUAGUAACUAUUUUAACUUUGUUCAAGUAUGUGGUAAUUUGCUCCUAUUAGAGUAAAAAAUACAGUAAAUUAUUAUCAGUUUGUGUAACUUAAGAGUAUUCCAUAUAAUAUUUUUUUAGAUUUAGAUGCAUAAAAUUUUGAAUGUGAAAAUUGCAGGGCAUUUUAAAACAUGUGGGGGAUAUUUUCCCGUGUUCUGUGUUAAUUCAUUUUCUUUUGCCAUAUGAAUUUACAUGUAACGUAGUCGCGCAUACUGUGAAUAGAUUUGUCUAUAAUGAGCAAACCAUGUAGAACUACUUUUUUUAAAUGUAGCUGGUACAACUUUAGUAGAUCAUUUCCUUUGCAAAUCAUUAUAUAAAUAAUUUAUAUCUUCCCAGGUGAGUUACUCAUUGCAAAGUUUGACUCAUGCAAAUGACCUCAAAUACAUGUCCGCUUACUUUACUGUGGCAGCAUCCAUGUGAACUGCUUUGUACACUGUGAAACGAUUUCGCUCCAGCCCGCUCAUUUCAUGUUUACUCUGGGCUGGAAAAGACUUUGCCAAAACAUUAAAGACCGUUCUUUUCACUAAAUUAACAUGUUCUAUCUGCUUUCAGAAGAUGAAUCUUGAGAUUUCAGCUGGUUUUGUAUAUCAGGGGUUUUUUUGUUUUUUUGUUUUUUUCCCUCUUGAGAGUCAUACUUAAGAGUUCAUGAAGUUAUUUUUUCUUCAGAGUAAUCUGUCAUAUAAUGACUGCCUUGGCAAAACAACUGAAAUGUGAAUGUCGUGCCUAGUGAGUACCGGUCAUGUUCUGUCCUGAUUGUUGUUUUACUUCUUCUCAAGAAUUACUGGUGUUUAAAAUGCCACUUUUCAGUUUGAACCAUAUAUAUUUGUAGCUCAAUAUUGCAAACAGAAGUAAGACUGUUUCAAGAAUGAGUGUUAUAAUUGCAUAGCAUUUGUAUGCACUUUAUAUUUUGCAGAAGUUAGUGAAAUUAAUUUAUUAAUCAUUUUGCACUUGAAAGCUGUGGGGCAUAGCUUUUUGUUGUUGUUGUCUCCUUUUUUUUUUUUUUUUAGGUGGGAAGGCUAAGAUAUGGUAAGGCCCUAUAAUUCGACGAUUCUACAGAGAGUUGAGGAAAAACCUAGAACUGGUUUUCCCCUGUGUCCUAUACAGAGAGCAACUGGAAUUUUCAAUCCUAUUCUUAUCAUCAUAUUUCCUCCCACUUAAUCCUCUCUCCUGAGAGUUUUCUUUUUCUUUUUUAGAAUAUGCAUUGAUUUGUCUUGAAAUGAUCACAAAGGAAAGCCCUGUCCUUCGGCAGAACCUGGUAAUUUGCUUGGUGAGACAAAGAGGAAAUUAUCUUAGAAUAAGAUGGAGACCCCAGUUUCCCUUAAAGACUUUGAAAUAGAAUGGAGUUGGACAUAAGAAGCCCUUAGAUACACCUGUUUACACAGUAGGCUUCUUCCUAAUAGGGUUACAUUUGUCCUCUUUUUUUUAUUCCUCUUGGUCCAGAAGUAGAAUGAGAUCACUGUUAGAACGAGUAUCCCUUGACCGCUUGUGGCCACAGGAUACCAACGUCAAAGAACGUAGGAAUCAAUCAGGUCACCUCUUUAGGUGGGGCAAGCUGAAAGUUGGUGUGAUGAAAACACGAUGAAGUGAGUCCCCC